AAAAACUGCUGCAACUGCUCUCAAAAUUCAGAAUCCUGAUUCAAAGCGAGACAUCCUACUAGCUGACUCUCUGUAUCAACUAUCAAACUUUAGACAUCGCAAAGUUCAUAGAUUGCUAGUCCAUCGAUCUUUAACUAAAAAUCCUCACAUCUACUAAAACCGUUGUACGCGAUCAAGUUGCAGCCUCCUACCAGCAUGGAAAAGGAAAUCAAAGAAGUAUAUCAGGAGAGCCAAUCAAACUCGGUUCGUCUGACGACCAUUCGAUCUGUGACCAUCUUCUCGACCGUAUUCUUGACUAGCUUGGUGCUUGGAGGGUGUAUUCUUGGAGCCGUUUGGAUCGCCCAAGAUGGUUUCAAUCAGUGCACGAGGGAAGAUGUCAUUCCGGGAGAAGAAGCAGGAAUUUUCGACCGUGAUAUGACGAAGGAUACCAGGUUGGUGAUGGGAGAUGGUCGCAUCAUGACAGAACAUUUCGAGUACAUUCAAGCCAGCAAUACCCUUCUCAUCCACACACCACCCAGUAACUUCAGUGGCUACUCUCGGGCUACCGUAGCAUUGGACUACGAUCGGUCCCUGGUCUUUGUCAACAUACACGAUGAAAACAUCUGCAUUGCAUUCCCAUGGCCUGCAGAAAUGGCUAACAACCUGAAAAAAUUCAUGACCGAAGAGGGCGAUCAAAAUGAGGGUGAAGUGCUUGACGUCGUAGCCCGAGAGUUGACCGACAUGAACUUUGUGAACGUCGGAGAGAUCCCCGCGGGUUUCCUACAAGGGUCCAGCGGUACAACCGUCGGGGCCCUUUGUGCUGGUAGACCCAGCUACUGGUUAGAGGACAACGCGGUUGCAUCCAGACAACGAAGAUUAGCUAGAGCUCGAGAAAUUGAUAUCAUUAUCAUCUGUUGGCCAGAGUGUUGUAUUCUCAUUAUAAUUGCUACAGAGUAGUGGUUUGAAUCAGUCUUUGAGAGUGUAUAAUCCACUCUUUGUAGCGUGGAUUUCCACUCAACAUGAAAUUAUCCCCAAUAUGAUUCCUCUAAGAGUGGAUUUCUACUCUACAUUUAGAAAGUAUAUCACUACAAUGUGCCCUGCAUAUCCUACU